CGAAUCCCAUUCUCGCUGGUUUCACACCACUCCCACCGCCUAUCCAUACAUAACCUGAGCGGUCCAGGGAUUUUGUACCUGGUAGCCUCAAUCUCCCCACCAAAUAUCUCCCGUCAUCACCCACCUCCUUUGAUCAGCAGCGUCAUCAACCGAGACAAUGGACUUGAACGAGCAGGCCCCCGCGCCGUCGACGCCGGAUGCGCCAGACCAAGAAACGAUGGAGCAGAUUCGUCGGCGGAGACUGGCCAAGCUCGGAGGGCCCGCGGCUUCAACAUCCGCUGCUCCAUCCCCAGGCACUACGACACCGACCGCCGCCGGGCUCAAUUCCUCGAAACCAGCCGAGGACAAGACAGCAGCGCAGGGGGCCGAAACACCCGCAACGGUAGAGCCUCGUCCGAAGAUCAACAUUUCGCCUACACCGGCGGCAACCCCUCAAAGCACAGGCAGCCCCAAUAGCAGCAGCAGAGCAGGUAGUACCAGCAACGCAGAGUCCCGCGCCAAGAGGCGAGCAUCAGAUGUUGACGGGCACGCAGCGAUCGCGCCGUCGCCCAGGAAGCAGACCCCCGCCGCCCCGGAGACGAUCGACGAGUAUGCCGAUCGCGUGCUGUCGACCAUCUUCCGCGUCACCGUCGACCCGGACCGCUCGACGGACAGCCAGGGCCAUAAGCUGGCCUUCCUGCCGGACCUGAGCGCGGACCUGGCCGCCGAGGGCGCCACGCUGCGGCUGUCGGUUGGGCGUUUGGAGGAGGCCAUUAUGGAAGCUGCCACGGCGUAUCCCCGCGAACGCCCGCUGCUCGAGUACCUCUUGCCGUGCUGGAAGCGCGUCGUAAGAAUGCUCAAGGUGUUGCGUGGUCCGGCGCCCGAGAAGGAGGCGCUGCUUAAGGAGGCCAGGCGGUUGUGUUUUAGUAACUGCAUCUUUGCGUUGACGGUGCCGGAGCUGUUUAGCCGAGAACCAAAUCCCCAGCACGACACGCUGGUCCCAUAUCUGUUGCACGAGGUCGAGAGCGAGAACGGCUUGUGCAUGGAUUUCUUUAUCGAGGCAGUGGCUCGUCUGGACGACGACGACACGAUUGCUCCGCUGUUCACCAAGGCGAUGGUGGAUAUCAGCACCAAACUGUCUACAAUGAGCAUGAACGACGAUUACAAGCCUUGUGUCAACGCACUCUUGACAUACUCGAGGUUCCCGCCGCUUCUUGACGCGUUAGCACAACACCCCUGCUUCCAGAUGGCGCAAUCCGCACCCAACAUCGAGAAGAAUACCAUCCUUGGUCCGUUCUUCAGGAUAUCGCCGCUUCAGCCAGAGGUGACGACAGUCUACUUCGCGGGACCGCGGACAAUGGACAAGGGGCGCAUUCAGACAUCUCAGAGUGCACUGCAGAUGACUCUAGGGGCGCAUCAGACAGAUCUUAGGACGAUCAUCAACGCCUUCAUCCGGGCGAGCCCUCAGACCAGGAACAAGGUGCUGGACUGGUUUGCCUACAUUAUGAACGUCAACCAUAAGAGGCGUGCUAUCCAAGUUGACCCCAAGGAGGUCUCAUCCGAUGGUUUCAUGAUCAACGUGACCGUCAUACUGGACACCUUAUGCGAGCCUUUCAUGGACGGCACAUUCUCGAAAGUAGGACGUAUCGAUGUUGGCUAUUUCAGGAGAAAUCCAAGGCUCGACAUCAAAGAUGAGACAAAGCUGAAUGCGGAUCAAGCGCAAUCAGAUGCCUUCUAUGCUAAGAAGCUGGACGGGGAGUCCAAUUUCAUCACAGAAAUUUUUUUCCUGACACUGGCGGCACAUCAUUACGGAAGCGAGGCGGCAAACUCCAAGAUGAAGAACCUCGACAGAGACAUCAAGUACUUCGAGAAAAACAUUGCCAUGAUGGAAGCGGAGCGGCCCAAGCUGAUUAGCCGACCGGCACAACUAAGGAUGUUGGAGGAGGCAGUCAAGCGGCACACGAACGUAUUGGAGCGGACAAUGGCGCUCAAGUUCUCGAUUGAGGGCGUUCUCCUGGAACAGAAGAUGCAGGCCCGGUCGCUGCUGUUUAUGCGGUACGUUACCGUUUGGCUGCUCAGACUCGCCAGUCAGACAGAGUACGCUCCGGACAAGCCGCUUAAGCUCCCGCUGCCCUCAGACCAGCCUGAGGCGUUCAAGUGUCUCCCGGAGUACGCGUUGCAAGAUGUUGUGGACAAUUUCAAAUUCGUCUUCCGCUACAUCCCACAGAUUAUCCUCUCGGCAGUAGGAGACGAGAUGAUUGCGCUAUGCAUUACCUUCCUGGAGUCGUCGGAGUAUGUCAAGAACCCCUAUCUCAAGUCAUCGCUCGUCACGCUGCUGUCUCACGGGACAUGGCCUACGUACCAUCUGAAGAAGGGUGUUUUGGGCGAUGCCAUGACCAACGCCAAGUUUGCCAACGACUACCUGCUCCAUGCUGUCAUGAAAUUCUACAUCGAGUGCGAGUCGACGGGCGCACACACGCAAUUCUACGACAAGUUCAACAUCCGGUACGAGAUCUUCCAGGUCAUCAAGUGCGUGUGGUCCAACGACGUGUACCGGGAGCAGCUGGUCCAGUCAAGCAAAUCCAACCGUGCAUUCUUUGUGCGCUUCGUCAACCUGCUCCUGAACGAUGCGACCUACGUACUAGACGAGGGUCUCAGCAAAUUCCCCAAGAUUCACGAUUUACAGGACCGCCUAAGAAACCCUGAACUUUCGCAACAGGACCGCGAGAAAACCGAAGAAGAUCUCCGCACCGCAGAGAGCCAAGCCACGAGCUACAUGCAGCUCGCCAACGAGACAGUCAGCAUGAUGAAGCUUUUCACCACAACCAUCAGCGAGUCCUUCACCAUGCCUGAGAUUGUCCAGCGCCUGGCGGGCAUGCUUGACUAUAAUCUCAACAUCCUGACCGGUCCCAAGUCGAAAACCCUCAAGGUUGAAAACCCAGAGAAAUACUUCUUCAACCCUAAAACCCUCCUCCCGGAGCUCGUAGACAUCUACAUCAACCUCGGCGGAGUCCAAUCCUUCAUCGAAGCCGUCGCCGCCGACGGCCGUUCGUACAAAACCUCCACCAUGGCCACGACGGCGCACAUUCUACGGAGCCGCCAUCUUAAGGACGAAAAAGACAUCCAGGCGUGGGAGUUGCUCGCAGCCAAGUUUGAGUCGGCCAAGGAGGCGCUGGACCAGGCCGAGCUGGACUAUGACGACGCUCCCCCGGAGUUUGAAGACCCCAUCAUGGGGAUCCUGAUGACCGACCCGGUCAUUCUGCCGUCGAAGCAUGUCGUAGACCGAUCGACGAUCACGCAGCAUCUGCUCAGCGAUCCCAAGGAUCCGUACACUCGCCAGCCGAUGGGUAUCGAGGAUGUCGCUCCGGAUGACGAGCUCAGGGAGAAGAUUGAGCGGUGGAAGGCGGAGAAGAGGGCUAAGGCUAGGGAGGAGGUGGUUAGUAGUACUGCGGAGGGGCCGGGGGAUGCGAUGGAUACGACGGAGUGAGUUAUUUGUGGACGGAGCGAGGCCCAUUGCGGAGUGAAUGACUGUCCGCUCGUUGCUGGCUGCUGGCCGAAGUUGGGUUGGUUGCGGUAGAGCAGGGGGGGAAUAGGAGGGGGAAGGUGAGAAGAGUUGUGAAGUUGGGGGCGGGGAAUGAAGGAUGGGACGAGCGAUGCUGGGGGCCGAAUGUUUAUUGUGAUGUAUGAAACUGGGAUUCGGCUUAUCGAGGAGUAGAGUUUGGGCUUGGAGAAGAACCUGACGAAGGACCCGAUCGGUUCACUCUCCGUCGUCCCCGGGGUUGGGGAGUUCAUACGGAAGGGAGGAUAUCCCUUUUCGUGUAACGGGUUGUAUUUAUUCAAUCUAGGUCAGAAAGAGACAAACUUGCUUUGAGAAACACGUGAGGGGGAACUCGUGGUGUUGAGGGCUGGCUCGUUCAACGG